AUGUUACUUCAAUUAGUAAAUGAACCAACAGGCAAUAAUCAGAAAUGUAAAUUACCCUACCAAUUAUCUAUUGAUAAUAGUACAAAUACAUCAAGUUGGGAUAUGUGGUUUUGUUAUAACAAUCAAUAUCCAACAAAUAAUGAAGACUUCUUCACUUGUACUUUAGGUAAUUAUGGUUUGAUUUCUCUUGAACCUUGGGAAACAAAUAAAACAAUCAGUAGUGUAAUUAAUGAAAAUGUGAUAAUACGUGAUUUUGUUGAAGGAGAACAAUGUCUUUCUUAUUAUUAUUAUAUUACUCUUGAUGAUGGUAUUGAUUAUGGUCAACAACUAUCAGUAUCAAUCAGAUCUGAUAAUACAAGUGAUAGUGAAAUCGAAGUUGAUCGAUUAUCAAUUGUUGAUAUGACAGAGAAUCGAUGGAAUCAACGAAAUGUAACAUUUAAUUCAACAUCUACGAGUUAUACAUUGAUAUUUUCGUUCGAAGUUCGAAGGAAAGGCGUAGCACAUAAUAGAGCAAUCUACUUUGCAGUAGACAAUAUUUACGUGUAUGGUAACAAUGUUUUAUGUAUUACCGAUGCAUCAUCGAGCUCAACAAUGACAAAAUUAUCAUUCGUUGAAGAAGUUACUGUUGGUUUUUUACGUGAGAAAUGA